UUUAUAGAACCAUAUAUGGAGGGGCAGUUGUGUAAAGUGAGAAAAAUGGUUCUGCUUGAGAAGCUUUGGGAUGAUGUUGUGGCUGGGCCUCAGCCUGACCGUGGCCUGGGCAAACUCAGGAAGAUCACCACAAAGCCCUUGAUCGUUAAAGAUUUGGAUGGAGGAGAGGGAAGCAAGUACCAGAGAUCGAUGUCCAUGCCGGCUAGUCCGGCGACACCCACUACGCCGGUGACACCUACGACGCCGUUAGCGGCGGCGCGUAAGGACAACGUUUGGAGGAGCGUGUUCAACCCUGGUAGAAACUUUGCAACCAAGAGUAUUGGUGCCGAAGUCUUCGACAAACCUCACCCCAACUCUCCAACUGUUUACGAUUGGUAAUUACCGUAUGCCACUUUCCAUCCCUUUU